UUCUCUUGAGUUAUAGUUUUUAUACAAGUUAUUCCUUGAAGAUGAAGAGUAUUCCAUUGUUGUAUAUUUGCAUGGAUAUCUGCAGCUAAAUCACGUACAUGACGUGCUAUUCCUGUCAAAUUUUUCCCGUGAUAUGAAUUAGGAACGUUGUGUAAAGCGGCAAAUUUAAUUUAACAAUAAAAAAUGAUAAUACGAUGACCAUGAACAAAUACGAAAAUUACUUCUACUUUCUUGCGUGGCCAUGUGCUAUUGUUUAUUCGGCAUAUCAAUUUUAUUCCUCGAGUAAUUAUUUCGACAACUAUUAUGAUGCCUACGGCGAUUUCGAUUCAGGAUGGACUUGGAUAAGCAGAAAAAAGGAUAUUUCUGAUCAAGAGUGGCGUAUAUGGCUGAUGUUGCUCAGCAGACUGGUGCCAUGUACUUUUAUACAUCAUUUUGUCAGCAGAAUUAUCAAAAUUAACAAUAAUAAUAAUAUGAUAUUGUAUUGUUGGUACAUCCUCGCAUCUGCAAUGUUCCUUUAUUACUAUUUGGGCAUAUUAGGUUUCUUAUGUAUAUUGUUACAACCUGUAUUUCUGCACAUAUUAACGUGUAUGUGUACCAAAAAUAUAGCAUGGUGUAUACAUGUAUUCUGUCUAUUUAUAAUACAUGUGUUAAAAACACCAGAUGGUACUUUUCAAAGCUGGUUAAGAUUCAGCGAUGAAGAGCAUUUUAUUUUGACACUCACAAUGUGUUGGAUACAUUUAAGAAUUAUUAGCCAUAAUAUGGACAACAUUGAUGAACAAUUAAGUGGCAUAAAUAAGUUUAUUCAGAGAUUGGCCUAUUGUUUGUAUCUACCUACAUUAUUUUUAGGGCCGCUUAUAUUAUAUCAUGAAUUUGUGGAGUCGGUUAAUCAGCCAUAUCAAUAUUGGAAUUAUAGAAAACUGCAAACUUUUGCAUUAAACUUUAUUAGAUACAUGUUCUGGAUAUACUUUACUGAAUUUUUAUUACACUUUCUUUACAUAAAUGCAAUACAAUACCAUCCACAGGUUGUGCAAGACUUGAAUUCUUGGGCAUUAUAUGGUUUAGGAUAUUGCAUGGGACAAUUUUUUUUAAAUAAAUAUGUCGUAGUUUAUGGAAUUUGCGGCACUUUAUGUGAAUUGGACGACAUAAAAGCACCACCAAAACCCAAAUGCAUAGGUAGAAUUCAUUUAUACUCAGACAUGUGGAAACAUUUCGAUCGAGGAUUUUAUACAUUUCUCGUAAGAUAUAUUUAUCUUCCGAUUCAGAAGUCUCAUGUGUGCUUUGGAAAACUGUUUGCAUCAUUUUUAUGUUUCUCAUUUGUCCUUAUAUGGCAUGGAAUACAAAUGAAUAUUUUUAUUUGGACAUUACUUAAUUUUAUAGGAGUAGUAAUCGAAAGUGUAGGAGUGUCAAUUGGUAAAAGCACACAAUAUCGCAAAAUACAAAAUAUGUAUUUAUCUACAAUGAAUACUAGAAGGUUCCAUUGCAUAUUAGCAAGCCCUCUUUUAGCUAUGUCAGCUAUAUCAAAUUUUUAUUUUUUUGGAGGGCAAGAAAUUGGAAAUAUUUUUGUACAUAACAUAUUAUACGGAUCUUGGAAAGUUUUAUUUGUUCUGCUUUCUUUUCUUUAUUGCUGCUGUCAACUUUCUGUACAUAUUAAAAAUUGGGAGUUGCAACGUGUUAAAGGAUAAAAUUUUUAUUUUCGUGAGUUAAAAUACAUGAAUUCCAUGUUUUGUUGGUAACAUGUUCAUGAGAGAUAUUAACUUAUAUCCAUAAUGUUCUAAGACAUAUUCAUUCAGAGAUAUUAAAUGUAAAAAGGAGAUUAUAUAGUAUAAUGGAGUAUGAAAUGUGUAUAUAAAAGCAGUUUAUGCUGAAAUAUUUUUAGAAAUUUAUUUGUAAGUACAAAACAUGUAGAAAAAUAUGUUGUGUAAACAAACUUAUUGUAACUUACAAUAUUAUGAUAUUUGCGUUGAAUUAAGACUGACUAUAUAAACGUGAUACACAAGUAUAUAUUUUUUAUAGAGAUUAUAUAAAGACUUCUACUCACUUUAUAAUCUAUUCGUGUGAUACUAUAAGUCAUAUAGGCAUUUAAUUUUAUUAGUCACCAUAUUUGUGUAACCAUUUAUAUGUCUAUAUAGAUAUAUAUAGAUAGGUACAUGUAUAUGUAUGUACAUAAAUACCUAAAUAUGGAUUCCUA